CUCAGCAGCCACAUUGAGGAAGGAGCCAUGUUGUGGAAGGGACACGGAGCUGGUGGGAUCGCGCCAUGGCCUUGGCCGCUCUCCUCCUCGCGGUGCUCGCCCACAGCUCAGGUUCCCUGGUCCAGGCAGCGCUGACUCAGCCGCCCUCGGUGUCAGCGAACCCGGGACAAACCGUCCAGAUCACCUGCUCUGGGGGUAGCAGCAGGUAUGGCUAUGGCUGGUACCAGCAGAAGGUCCCUGGCACUGCCCCUGUCACCGUGAUCUACGACAAUAACAAGAGACCCUCGGGCAUCCCUUCGCGCUUCUCCGGAUCCCAGUCUGGCUCCACAGGCACGUUAACCAUCACUGGGGUCCAAGCGGAGGACGAGGCUGUCUAUUACUGUGGUAACUGGGACGGCAGCAGAAGUUGUGGUAUAUUCGGGGCCGGGACCAUGUUGACCGUCCUAGGCCAGCCCAAGGUCUCUCCCACCGUCCACCUCUUCCCACCAUCUGAGGAGGAGAUCUCGUCUCAGAGCAAAGCCACCCUGGUGUGUCUGCUGGGAGACUUCUACCCCAGCGCCGUGCAGGUGGCCUGGACGGCCGACGGCCGCACCCUCACCAGUGGCGUGGAGACCAGCCAGCCCCAGCGGCAGAGCAACAACCAGUACAUGGCCAGCAGCUACCUGACGCUGAGUGCCAGCGACUGGAAGAGCCACGAGACCUACACCUGCAAGGUCACGCACGAGGCCGGCAACGUGGUGAAGAGCCUGAAGAGAUCCGAGUGCUAGUGACCCCGCUGGGACCUCCCCGCGCCCGGCAGCCCCCUCGCCAGCCCCCUCCCUCUUCCCCGCUGCUGGGGGCAGCGGCUCCCCCCCCCGCUGCAGAUGUGUCUCCCCAUGUCCCUCUGUCCUCUGCUCCUGUCCCCCCACCCCGAGUGUCACACGAAUAAACACUGACACUGAACUAGCGCUGGCUCAGCA